AUGCCAGGUCAGGAUACGUCAUCAUCUAGCUUGUUGAAAUACUUUGAUAUCCUUCGGCUUCUGGGGAAAUACUUGAAUGCAAUUGCAAAGCUGGUUGCAGAGAUGAGAGCCCUGCGAACAAAGAAACGAAGCAACAUGGGACGCAAGUGCAGGUUAGCUACGUUGGCCCAGCUGUACCGUAUGAAGCAGGAGGAUGAAAUGCGAUUGGAGCAGACAGUGAGUACAAAUUCAGAAAACGAGCCCCCGAAAAUAGCAUUCCCGCAAGAGAGGAAGCCGGAGCAAAAUGGAUGGAUGGAUGUGUGUGUUUCGGAUUUGCUGCAAGAGGAAAAUUCGGAUGUAAAUGAAGCGACUUCACUGGAUGAUUUGGAUAGCAGUGAGCGUGGCCAGCUUUUGGCCGAGAACGAGCGGUUGUAUUCGAAAUCACUGCAAGUGGACAACGACAUCCAAAAACUGGAAAGCCAAAUGACCGAACUGCAUCGUUUGCAGGAAACGUUUGCCGAAAAGGUGACAGAACAGGACAAAGAUAUAUGUUUUGUGAACGAAACCACCAUUUUAACUGCCGAAAAUAUUCGGGUUGGAAACGAGCAGAUCCGGUUAGCAAUCCAGAAUAUGGCGUCCAGGCGUGUGAUUUUCUUGUUUUGUAUUAUUGUCCUAACAUUCACCUUACUUUUUCUGGACUGGUAUAAUCCGUAA